CAAAGGAUGAAACAACAAAAGAGAAGGACAUCUGGAAAAGUAUCGGACAGUCAGAAAGCAGGGAGAGAGCCUGAAGCAGCCAGAGACAUGCGAUUUUAUCUAUAUCAAAUAUCAAGAAUGCACAUCUCUGGAUUUUGCUGACAUUAUGGUGCGCAUGCGCAGAAAAGCAUCCGAGACAACAGCACUGCCUUGCACGUGUGCAAGAAAACCUACGAUUAACAAUGGCUACAUCAUUAGCAGCGCAACUUAAAAAAUUAAGGACUCCGCAGACAAAUUUAUUGCUGCAAGACAAGAAACGACCAAGCUUGUUGUUUGAUCCAAAAGAAGCUGCAAAUUUUGACAGAGACACUGUUUUAAGUAUAGGUCAGAGUGGUCUACAAGAAUUAGUGAAACUCUCACUAUUUUUUGAAGAUUUUAAAACUACAUUAUUUGCACAGAGCACUGUGAACUUUGAACGUGCUGUUCAGGAUGCUACAGUAAACAAAAAACUAGAUGCAGAAGUUACAAAGUUUCUACUGUUUCUCUCUCCUUAUUUUUUAUUAAGUGCAUCACACAAAGCUCUGGAAUGGCUGAUAUACAGAUACCAUAUUCAUCAAUACAGUCGAGAUCAGUUUAUACUUUUUAUUUUACCCUAUCAUGAAACUCGUAUGUUUGUUAGAGCUUUGCAGUUGCUAGAUUUGUCAGAUGAAAACGACAAAUGGCACUGGUUGGCGGCUUUGCAGAAACGCGGUGUGCCGUUAACUUCGAGUAUUCUUAUUAACCGUUUGAGCACGGACAAUGGAUUUUUGAAAAUGUUAUGCAGCCAUGUAAUGGCCGCCACGGAAACCUAUUCCGAUGAGGCAUUUUGUUUGACCACCUUAUACGCCUUUUAUACCACUGUAAUAUUGGGCGUGAUUGAACAGGUAUCUGUUACAGAAGUUCAAGUGAAUCAUUUAUUGCCGAUUCUACUCUAUAGCGUAAGAAGUCCCAUUCCCGACCUUGCUUCUGGCAGUUAUAUGAUCAUCGGAAAACUGAUGAUGAAGGUGAAGUUUAACGCUGAUACCACGGAAAAGUUGCUAUUGAAAAUUUUCAUGAAAACACACUUAAAAGAGGAAGCUACAAUCCUUCUGCUCCAUCUCUAUCAAUCUCCGAUUAAUCGAUUGACUAUUGUACCACAAAGUGUAGUCCUUCAAUUAUCGAAUUUAUCUUGGUUUGUGGAAACAAUCGUCAAGAUUCAUUCAUCUGGUAUCAAUAUAUCGCAAUUCAUCGUAUGUUUUCUUCAGGCAGCUUGCCAGAUUGUCGCCGAGAAUCCCGAGAAUACUGUUGAUGUUCAAAAUAUGAUUAGCGAUAUGCUAAUACGCGUCAGUUUAGACAAUAAUGCAGUGGAUACAAUUUUGCCAAGCAUACAUACAUAUGAAUUUCUUAAGAAUAAGGUUUCGGAAACUGCAAAGGACUUUUUAGCAAGAUUCUAUAAAAAUCUCGAGCUUAGUUAUCCAGAAAGAUUUGACAAGUAUCUAAAAAAAUUGAUGAAGCAGGACGACAAGGAUUCUAAACAAACGUUGCACUUUCUAACUUCUUGGCCUUUUUGUACGAGGGAGGCACAGGAUUUCGUUGAAAUUCUGAACAAAUUGACACACAUCAGCGCCGAGCAACGAAUAGUUGCUCUCGAGAUUCUCGCCAAGAACAACGCGAACGUACCUGAGAACUUCCGUGAAAUGAUGAUGAGUACGCUUCAAGCUAGAUUUUAUGACAGCGAUGCGAAUGUCGUGAAGACUUUAUUGUCCUUCACCACAAAGAGAUUAACCAGUUUAUUACCCACGGAUACUUUAGUGGAUGAAUUAUUAAUUUUGUUAUUGACAUGCCAUACGUCAUCAAGAAAAACGUUAGCUAAACCAGCACUAAAGAUACUUUUGGAGCUUUGCGAAGAAAGCGAUGAUACCAGCAUCUUUAUCACAGCCUUACCCUAUCUAUUUCCAGCUACGGAUGAAGACGUGGAGGUCGCUAUGGAGGUUCUUCAUUCGAACUUCGCCAAAAAUAACACAUAUAUGCAAAAUAUAAUGGAGGAUAUUCGUAAAUCUGAAUUAGUGAAUGCCGAAGCUAUUUCCUCCGCUGCUUUUCACAAUAUUUUGAAUCAUAAAUUAUUACCACCUACAGAAAACAUAUUGAAUUCUAUGCGACAACAGAUUUCGCACGGUGAUGCAACAUCCUUGUUUUUUAAUAUGAUUCUAUUAGGAUCAGUCUGUAGAGUGCCCGUGGGUUCAAUGCCGGCUAAAACCGCGCGUGAUGUCAUCGAGAUGGCCACGAAGAUGAUUAAAACAUACUCACGCGUCAAAUUAAUAGACGACUGCAACAAUAUUACUGGCAACAACAUCCAGAUGGCAUUAAAACUCACAUCAGAAGGUAUCCUGCCAUUGCAGGUAGGCACUUAUGUUCUAGAAAUGGUUCAUAGACGACUAAAUAUCAAGUCUGAAUCAAAACUCGACUUUGAUAAUAACGCAGAAAGAAGUAAUCUAAUUUUACGACUUUUGGAGAUGUUCAUCGAAGGUAUGAACAAUCGUCACUGGCAGAAACACUAUUCCAGAUGCUUGCAGAUCUUCUUUCAACUUCACUUCUCCACGGUGAAGGAUCUUAUUUGUUUUCUUGCGCAGUUCUAUGUGAAGCCCAUGAAAGUGCAAACGUCCUAUCAUUGUCUGCAAAUCUCCUCGCUAUUAUUGGAUCAAUGCAAAUCUGUUCAAUGGGCGUUUCAAGAUCAAGACUUUAUAAUUAAUCUGCUGCUCUCGCUGGCAAGACGCAACAAUGAUUGUAGAACAGUGGCGCUAGAUAUUUUAAAAAAAUUGACGCAAACUUUUAGUUUCACUACGGAACCAUUCUUCGUAUUGCUUCAGGAAUUGGCGGCGAGGAGUGCUGAAAUUUCCCAAGAUCCUGAUCAGCUCUCUUUGAGCCUUUAUGUUCUUUUGUCGCCUGAUCCUGAUGUGUUUCAUCAAGUAAAACAACGUAAAAAGCUUCAGGAGGCUCAAAAACUAUUAUUCAAUAUGGUGAUGCAACAGGACGAAGCAUUAAAAAUUCCCAUGUACCGAAAAUCGCAAUUGCUUGACAUCUUAAUACACGUUAACAGUGCUGGAAUUCUUCAGAAGUUAGCUCCUUUAGGCCUUCAACUUCUACAGAAAUUAGCGGAGGAUCCUACAAAUAAAUCGACUGCUAGCGCUUUGCGAAAUAUAUUGCAACGUUUCAAUGGAACUACGGUCAGCGUUUUGAACGAUGAACAAGUAUGGUCAUUCUUCGAAGCGAGUAUUCUAGCACACGAACUUCAAGUUGUCACGGAAUCUGGUGAACAAAAAUCACCAAGCAUUGUAUUGUUGAAGCAGAUCGACGAAAUAUUCUUUGAGAACGCUGGUAAAGUAUCUCGCGAUCUUCAAGCAAAGAUCUUGUCGAAGAUGUUGGACGUAGUAACCGAUUGCGAGAUUAGCAAUGUAAUCACUGCCGUUGGUAGAGCGAUCCAUCGAAUUCGCAUCGAUGCGACAAUUAUAACGUCAGAAUUGCAAACAAUGAAGCUGAGCGGUGAAGAGAAAUCAACCAAUCUGGAAGCGACAGCGAGCGCGAAGAAACGGAAGAAGCGGCAGAGCCAGAUUCAAUUGGCAAAUCCGGCAAUGGUGCACAGACGAGCGUGGAAGCGUGGCAUUGCUUUGCUAGAAUUUGCGCAGCGCGCCGAUAAUAUUAAAAGCGAAGAAUUACUCUACGGAGUGCUGUUCGAUUUGCUCAACAUCUGUUUGAGUUUGGAGGAGCAGAGCUCGGUCGAAUACACGAGUCAACUGAUUCUUUCGACAAUUCAUCGAUUGAUGCGAAAAGAACUAUCAGUGCGUGAUGCUGAUGUACAAAUCGCGCUUAUUACUAAAUGUAUUAGGACAUCACGCAAUCCACAAACGCAUCAUCACGCAUUGCUAGUAUUAGUCGAAUUAUUGAGAUACGUGGACGUGCAUCGUGCUCUCCUUAAUAUUAUGCCAAUCUUCACAUUCAUGGGCAAUACAGUGGUGCGCCAGGACGAUGCCUAUUCCAUUCAAGUCAUUUCCAAAACCCUGGAGACAGUAGUGCCGAUCGUGAACGCGGCCGACAACGAGAAACAUGCCUGCGAAUUAUUAAGAGUAUUCAUCGUUUCGCUGCCACAUAUUCCCGAACAUAGACGGAUGCCACUCUUCGUCAAACUGUUACAACUUCUUGAAAAUCAUUUACACUUAUAUUAUUUACUCACUUUUGAAAAUCAUGCGAUGAAGAUUACGAAUCAGAAAACCGAGCAGUCCGCGCAACAGUUGGAUUUCGCCCUUCAGGUGUCACAAGAAUUUUCACCGAAGCAGUUACUUCAGAUUUGUAUUAAGGUGGUCGAGUUUAUCAAGGUUUUGCCGAUUGACAUCGAGGAUGAACAGGGGAAAAAGGUGGCAAUGGAAUUCCCGUAUAAAUACAUUUAUGACGUGACAAAAUCAGCGCCGAAAAAUCUUCGACACUAUAAGAUAACGGCCGUCCAAUUUCUCAGCAAUCUUUUAUCAUCUCAAAAUUUUAUUAAUCGCGUAGCUAUGCUGAGUCAAGACGAAGCAAACGAGAUGAAUGAAUAUUACGAGCGUCUAGCAAUCGAAUUAAUCUUAUUGAUUCAGACUAUUUCAAAGAUCGCCGAUCAACAUCAAAGUAAACCGAGCGCCAAAUAUUGGAAAGUGUUGUUGCAUCAUUUAUAUGAUGUACUGGAUCUAGUGAAUAACUUGCUACCAAAUGCCAUGUUCUUGAAGAGUAUUAAGAAUUUAUUAAAACAUGAACUAUUGUCUGUUAAUAAGAAAGCACUAGAAUUGUUGAACACGAGAUUACUUCAAAAGAAAUUUAAUGACGAAGAUCAUAUUGAUCUUCUAAGCUUGAUCAAAUCUUUAAUGAAUUUCCUGAACACUGAAGUAAAAGAAAGCCAGGAACGGGAUAUUGUUCAACAGACAGUACUGAUAUCCUUCAAACUAUUGGCGAAGUUGCUAGCUACUGAUCAUCCCGCUGUUUUUAAACCGAUCCUGGACAUGACGACAGCAUUAUUACAAUCAAAGAAGCGUCCAGUAUUAGCCAGCGCAACGUUGUGCGUCGCAGAACUAUGUAGCUCCAUGAGAACACAUGCUUUAUAUUCGUUGAAUAAAUUCGUGCCAGCGAUUUUGAAGUUACUAGAAACCCAUUGCCAUCAGAACGUACCAGACGUGAUGGUCAUCAGCAUCGUAAGUGCCUUGCAGAAAAUAGUGGAGUCGCUGGGAAAUUUCUUAUCACUCUAUUUGGACCAACUCUUGUCUGAAUUGACUAUGUUGAGUUCUUUGUAUACCGACACAGAGCAUCCUAAGAUUGAUAUUAUAGUUUCACGACUGAAAAUGACGACGCAAAAGUUAUCCAAUUGUAUACCUUUGCGAGUGUUGUUGCCAGCUGUCAAUAGAACUUAUCAGAUUCUAUUAACCAGAAAGUCUUAUCAGUGUAUACCAUCAUUGAUGAGCGUGUUGGCUGAAUCCUUUGAAAGUGUGCAACCAGCAGACUUGAAAAUAGAGAUUGACAAUCUCGCUAACUUCUUUCUUGAAGUUCUUCAAUUCCGGGAAUAUAUCGAAAGUACUGACGACGAGACGGACGUUAAAGUGAAAGAUAUCAUUGCAGUCGAAGAAAGCGCCAGUAAGACGUUCGUAGCGUUGGUCUUGAAGUUAAGUGAAGCAACUUUCAGGCCAUUAUAUAAUAAAUUCUAUGGAUGGGCAGCGAAUGAUACGCAACAGAAGCAUCGAAAUAUAACUUUCUACAGACUAUCGGCAAAUAUAGCUGAAUGCUUAAAAUCUUUAUUUGUCCUCUUUGCCGGACUCUUUCUGAAGCAUGCAGCAGCAUUGUUGAGCAGCAAUAACAUGUUUGUUAUAAAUAGCCCGCAGGAACUGACACUUCCCAAUGAAUUGAACAGAAUCGAAUUGGUGGAAGCGAUUUUAUUGACGCUUCACCGGGUUUUUAGUUACGAUGCACAUAAUUUUGUCAGUCAGGAUCGAUUCGAGAUUCUUAUGCAGCCAAUAGUGGAUCAAAUAGAGAACACGAUGGGCACGAGAGAAGAAUACGAAAUUCGAGCCAAUCAAUUCAUCAUACCUUGCAUAGCUUCCUUUGUCAGUGCUAUUCCUGAUGACUCAUUACACAAACAGUUGGUUUAUCAAACAUUGCUAAAGACCAGGCAUGGAGAGCCUUAUGUUAGAGUCACUGCGAUAAAUGCAUUGGUGGAAAUUGUGAGAAAACUUGGAGAAGAUUUUAUGCCACUGUUGCCAGAAACUGUGCCUUUCUUGGCAGAAUUGUUGGAAGAUGACAAUGAUACUAUGGAAGAGUGCACGCAAAAUGCUAUUCGUACUCUAGAAGAUAUUCUAGGCGAGCCUAUACAGAAAUAUUUUUAGAUUCAAUAUAAAUUUAAAU